GUUACUUUUUUCUUCUUUUUUUAUUUGUUUUUAGCUUUACACAGUUUCUAGUUAUUCUUGGAGAAAUCAACUUCAAUGAGCUUGAGCAAGCAAACAGGAUUCUGGGGCCAAUUUAUUUCACAACAUUUGUGUUCUUUGUAUUCUUUGUGCUUUUGAACAUGUUUCUGGCUAUUAUUAAUGAUACAUAUGCAGAAAUUAAAUGUGAUCAGUCACUCCAGAUGACAGAUUAUGAAGUGAGUGAUUUCAUUAAGAAGACUUGCAAUGCAGCCCUUGUUAAACUACGGCUUAAGAAGAAGAAGUUGGUGGAAACCACCACUGAAAGCAUAAAGGACACAGAGGGGAUCAUAUCUGUGAAACAAUUCCAGGUGGAGAUGUUGAAGAAAGGCUAUACAGAAGAAGAAACUAAAGAAAUCUUAAUGAAGUAUGAUGUAAACAGAGAUGGAAAAUUGAGCAAGAAAGAGGUUGACACUAUGACAAGUGAACUUGAAAAACAAGAGCACUCUGCCCUGAAGGAAGACAAUGGAAGAAGGACAGACAGUACACACGUUGAAGAGGGGAAUCUUCCGUCACCUCCUGAAUUUGUGUCUAAGCAAGACUAUCAGCGCUUUCAAACAUCGACACCUCCUCUCACCACUGCUCAGUUUGGGAAGCAAAGCUUCAGCAAGCUUCCUUAAUGCCACUCCACGUAACUGCAUCCCUCUUCUCUGAAUGGACGGCUUAGUAGAGAUCCCAGCUAUCAUUGGUUGUUUCGAGUGCCUGUUAAAAGAAAGUUAUUGAUCUUAUGAACUGGAGUGGUUCCACCUAUCACACUCCAUUUUUUAAUAAAAAACUUGAAGCAGCUAGUGAUAGCGCUAGCAGUGAGGGACUGUAGUUAAAUUGGAGCCCUCUCAGAGAUAGUUGACAGAGCUCCGAGAAAAGUUAGGCAGGUAUGGCUCACCUUGCUAGCGUGAGCACCCUCGCUGCCUUUAUAAAAAAUGCAUUCCUGUUAAAUAUACUGAUGAUACACCUUUGUUUCUUAAAGAAUAUGGAUGUCCGCAUUUCUUUAUUGGUUCGCAUGCGUACCUAUGUACCAGUUAUGUGAAUCCCUGUAUAUAAAGCAUCAUUUAAUGUAUAAUUACAUCCAUUGUCUGUAUUAAAGUCAUUAUAAAUGUGGUGUUUUUAUUAUUUGCUUUUGUGUAGGAUGGUGAAACAUGUUUUACAGUUGGAAGAGCGGAUUGAUGAAAUUACAUUCAUGAACAAUAAACUACUUAUACAGUUAAAUUCUUUAGAAUCGAUAACAUCGUCAGAAAGUUACAAAAAGGAUGAUUGGGACUUUGUAAGUUAUAAAAUCUCUUUCAAUACAAAUAGUUUUGUUUGGGUAUAUCAGAAGUUUGGACAAAUACAGUAUUGACAUCAUUAUGGGUGACCAAAGCAUGAUUUUGAACUCUAAUGCAAUCUAAUAAAAGCGUUUCAGGUCGACAUUGUCGGCUACUGUACACAGGCCUUUAGUAUGAGUCAUGUAAUACAGUAUGACCUGUAGCAGGGCCAUUGAGAAUUUGUGCCUCACAGACUAACCAAUAGCUCCUUUAUAACUAGAACUUAGAACAGAACAAGAGAAAACAUGUCCAGCAUUAAAAUUGGCCAAAAAGCAAGAACAUGUUUUGUAUUGGCAGAAAUUGACUGAAUUGUAAUUGGAGUGGCAACUGUACAUGUUAAAUAAUUUAUUCCAAAUAAAAUUAAACCGAAUUA